CGCAUCGGGCCUUGCUCGCCGCGUCUCCAUGGCAACCCGCUGCCGGAAGGGACGGCGAGGCGGGCCCAGCCGCCGGAAGUGCGCACCCACGCUGGGCCCUGUUGAACCUCCCCCUCUGUCCGCGGUCCCCGUCUCUGCCUCUGACCAUGGCCGCUCUCCGGGCCCUCCGUGGGCCGUUCCUGACACUCAGGCGAUGGCCGCAGCCCGCCACCCGGGCGCUCGGGCCCGGCCACAAGUACAUGAGCAGCCUGCCUGCUAUCGAUGAUGUGGUGAACGGGCUGACGGAGGAGCAGCGACAGCUUCGACAGAUGGUUCAGAAAUUCUGCCAAGAUCACCUCGUUCCCAAGGCCCAGGAUAUCGAUCGGAAGAAUGACUUUCCAGAGUUGAGGGAAUUCUGGAAGCAGCUUGGUGAUAUUGGAGUUCUUGGGAUCACAGCUCCUGUUGAGUAUGGAGGAGCUGGAGGUGGCUACUUGGAUCACGUCCUUGUUAUGGAGGAAAUAACCCGAGCUUCUGCUGCUGUUGGCCUCAGCUAUGGAGCUCAUUCCAACCUGUGCAUCAAUCAGCUGGUGAGAAACGGCAAUGAAGAUCAGAAGAAGAAAUAUUUACCCAAGUUAAUCAGCGGUGAUCAUGUGGGAGCUCUCGCAAUGAGCGAACCAAAUGCGGGGUCGGAUGUCGUCUCAAUGAAGAUGAGGGCAGACAAGAAAGGCGAUUUUUACAUCCUCAAUGGCAGCAAGUUUUGGAUUACCAAUGGACCAGAUGCAGAUGUUCUGAUUGUUUAUGGCAAGACGGAAAUUCAUGCCAAACCAGCAUCUCAUGGCAUCACAGCUUUCAUUAUAGAGAAGGACAUGCCAGGAUUCAGCACAGCUCAAAAACUUGAUAAAUUGGGAAUGAGGGGCUCCAACACAUGUGAGCUAAUCUUUGAGGACUGCAAAGUGCCAGUCAACAACAUCCUGGGAGAACUGAACAAAGGUAUCUAUGUGCUGAUGAGUGGUCUGGAUUUGGAACGACUGGUAUUGUCUGCUGGCCCUCUAGGCAUCAUGCAGGCAGUUCUGGACCAUGCCAUUCCUUACUUACAUGUUCGAGAGGCUUUCGGCAAGAAGAUCGGAGAGUUCCAGCUUUUACAAGGCAAGAUGGCUGACAUGUAUACCCGUCUGAGUGCCUGCAGACAGUAUGUGUACAACGUAGCAAGAGCCUGUGACAUGGGACACAUGAGUGCAAUGGAUUGUGCCGGUGUAAUUCUUUAUGCUGCAGAGACAGCUACUAAAGUGGCCCUAGAUGGAAUCCAGUGUUUGGGUGGCAACGGCUACAUCAAUGACUACCCCAUGGGCCGCUUUCUACGGGACGCUAAGUUGUAUGAAAUAGGAGCCGGAACCAGUGAAGUCAGAAGGCUCAUCAUCGGCAGAGCGUUCAAUGCUAUUUACAAAUAACCCUUCUCGCAGCUUGCUGCAGAGACGAGGCUUGGCCAUGUGCCUCCUCCACCCACAAACCUGCACUUCAUUGUGGCAAUAUUUCAAGUUAACUUUAAGGCAUAUACUUAUUUUAUUUCAAAGUGCCUUGGUUUCUAUCAGGGCAAUCUUCAAUCUGAGAAAUAUAUAAUUUGCAGAGCAAAAUCAUGGAUGUUGAUGUGUUAAACAUGAAAUACUUGAUUAAAAUAUCAGGAAAGAAGGGAGUUAGUGCAACAGCAGAAACCUUCAAUGCAAUACAAAUUAUCGACUCGUCAUCAUAAUUCAGGUCUGCCGAUUAAUAUACUAAGUUGUGUUUUAUUACUUGGAAAAAAUACGUAAGUGGCAUAUGAAAAUACCUCCAUAGUGCUACAUAUUUAAACAAGAGGGUUGUUUGCAUUGUUACUGUGUGCACAAUCUGUACUCCUUCUGUGUUGGAUCAGAUUGUAUAUACGAGUUCAAUUGCUAUUGUUGGGGAAACUGAUACAAGUUACUGGUCGGAUUAAGGCAGACUGGCCUACACAACAAUCUUUCAAUCUAAACUACAAAUUCUAACAGUCCUCCCAUAACUCACUGUAAGCCAGAGGAUGCUUUCAUUAGAGUUUGAGUACUUUGCAGAAAAGCACUGACAAAAGGAUCUCAUCCUUUGGAAAAUGCAGUGACUGCACAACCCAAGGCUUUGAGUUCAAUUGCUUUUCAGUAAGUGAAUCUACAGUGCUAGUAAAUUUUCUACUCCUGAUCAAAAAAGAUCAAUAUCAAAGAAUCUUGUUAAUAUUUGGUAUUAUGCAGUGUGAUGUCCUGUGUAACAUGGUGUGAAGUUCUUUCAAAAUGUAAGCACUACAUGCACAAUGUCUAUCUUGGGUUGUGUACAGCUAUAUAAUAUAUAUAGAUAAUACACAAAAAUGCUGGAGAAACUCAGCGGGUGCAGCAGCAUCUAUGGAGCGAAGGAAAUGGGCAACGUUUCGGGCCGAAUCCCUUCUUCAGACUGAAGAAGAGUUUCGACCAUAUAUAUAUACACCCUGGAUAUCAGAAUAACACUUAAUUAUCUAAACGAAUAUGAGGUCAUUGAGUAGGAAGAACAGCAUCUGCAGGUUUACACCGAAGAUAGACCCAAAAUGCUGGAGUAACUCAGCGGGACAGGCAGCGUCUCGACCCAAAAUGUCACCCAUUCCCUCUAUCCAGAUAUAAUGCCUGUCCCGCUGAGUUACUCCAACAUUUUGGCUCUAUGAGGUAAUUGAGGAAUGAGUUGCAUCUCCUUCUCAUUCUUCUGUACUGGGUACCAGUGGUUACAAUUGCAGAUCAUUCUCAGCUGUCAAAUGCUGUUUAAAUAUGUGCAAUUGCACUGGUCCGUUCAUACUGGGGAAUGUAAUCUUGGUGCACAAAGGAUCCGGUGUAGGGUUUGCCAACUCUGGUGGGGCAUAUUGUUGCCAGCUUAAUCAGAUGAGCUCCUCCCUGCCAUGGAUCUGAUUCCCCAGCACAGUCAUUGAUGCAGUGCAACAUCUUCAUUGAAGAUUGGGAAAUGAAAAACGUAAUUAUUUAACAAUUGGAUUACUCUUGGCCCUUGAGUAAAAAUCCUUUGGUUCCCAGCUCCAAGAUUGUACUACCGAUAAUUAAUUAAUAAAGAAUUCAAAAUGAA